CAGUAUUAAUCGAGCCGUCCUAAGGAACGAUAGUCUCACAAUAUUAUCCACCGUUCGGUACAUUUACUCAAUUCGCACGUGGAAAAGCAUUACACUUGCUGAAUUACUAAAUCUAACGACCAAUGAUGUAACCGCGCGAAGCGUAAAAAAGAAAGAUGGAGAACCAUUCGCAGGCUUCGUGUUCGCCAUCGAUGAAAAAGAAAGUGCAAAUAGAAAGAAAUGUCGAUAUGGAGGACGGCAAAGUAACGGUAUCCGUUCCAAGCACACCGAAGCGUACAACCGUAACGUCUUUGAUAUUAACGCGAUGGUUGGCGUCGAAGAGCUCGCCCCGAACGGAACCAGAAACCAGUUGGUCCUCGGACGAACGAAGCUUAGAAUACGGGACACCACCACCUAUAGAGGAACCCCAUUGUUACUCCAUGUGUGCCAGCGAAAGCUCGUGCACUGAAGAAAUCAACUGGACGCUACAGAUCAACAAAGAUAUCAUCAGGAAUCUUUUGACAGAGCACAUGAGACAAGUAGGAGGACGGGUACAGUUACUCGAAGAUCUGGAGGAGAAUAAGAUAGAUGAGAACCCUAAGCGCCUGGUGAAACUCUACAAGCAGCAGGAAAUAAACGCUCUAUUACUGUACGCGUGUUUUCUCGAUCGAGCAAGUCUGAUCAAGACUUUGCACAAGUGCGGAGCGGAUUUGAACCACUCGGAACAAGGACAAGGCUUGACUCCGUUGCACUUGUGCGCAUUUAAUAAUUCUCUAGAAGGCGUGCAAUAUCUGCUGGCCAAUGGUGCUAAUUUUUAUGUAGAACGCGCCCACACACCCUUUCAUUACGCCGCAUUCAGGAAUGCUUUCAAAGUAGCUCAAUAUUUCUUUCAAUUAGGUCUUAGCCAGGAAUCUUUUUUUGGAGAUGAAACUGUCUUGCAUGCCGCGGCUAGAUCAAGCGCUUUCAACGUGCUAAAACUACUGGCCCCUCACAAUCCGACUCUAAACAGUUUAGAUUGCAAUGGGUACGCUGCUAUACACCAUGUAGCAGAUAGAGGAGAUCCGAGUUGCUUAUUAGUACUCAUAGACGCUGGUUGCGAUUUAGAUUUGAGGACCAAGAAAGGUGACACUGCUUUGCAUAUCGCAGCGCAGGCCAGCUGCGUGGAGAACGUCGAUUUACUAGUAGAGAAGGGAGCAAAUACUCAUCUGAAGAAUCACAGGGACCAGACAGCUUUACACAUAGCUGCUCGUUCUCAUUCUCUAGAGUCCGUAGAAAUACUAUUGAAAAAAGGAGGUUGCGAUCCUAACAUGGAAGACAGCGACGGUAGAACAGCUUUGCAUCUCGCCUUAGGUAGAUCCCUAUUAGCUUACGACGUCACAGAAUUUCUGAUAACGUGGAAAGCGGACGUGAACAAAACUGAUAAAUACGGAUACACGCCAUUACACAUCGCUGCUCUGAACGAAUUGUCUCAAUGCGUGGAUAUUCUGAUUCAACAUGGAGCGGAUCUGAGCGCCCGAACAAAAGGCGGUACCAGCGCGUUGUCCAUCAUAUUACGUAAAACACCGACGUCUCUGAAUGUCUUUAAGCAGAGACUAGAUGCCUCGAUAACACUUCAUCAACAUGGCUCGGCCACUGGAGAGGUGGAACUUCGUCUCGACUUUCAUCCUUUAUUGAUGCACCAGCAACAAGGCGAAAUAAGAUAUCUCGGGACCUUUGUAAAAGAAGGGUACAAGGAGAUCCUCGAGCAUCCGCUCUGUCAAGCAUUUCUUCAUUUGAAAUGGCAGAAGAUUCGAAAAUAUUACGUGGGUAGACUGAUUUUCUACCUAUUCUACGUUCUUAUACUCACUGGUUGGGUAAUGACUGCCCUGGCGCAUAACUGUUACAAUGAGUCGCACGGUCAAUCAGAUAAUACUCAGCCACCAUUGUGUGCAAAUACCACCGGCAUAAACGGUUUUCUGUAUAGACACCCGGCCCUGCUCGAGGUGGAAUGGUACGCGCUGAUGGUGCUCACGAUCCUCGAGGCAUUCCGCAAACUGACCAGCAUCCCAACUUAUGUAUCAGUUCGACAGUUCUUCACGCAGGCCGAGAACAUGGUCGAAUGGUGCGUGAUCCUAAGCGUGUUCGCCACGUCUUUCAUUUACACCGGUAGAACAUACCCUUGGCAGAGCCAUGUAGGUGCAUUCGCCGUGCUUUGCGGUUGGAGCAAUCUUAUGCUAAUGAUAGGUCAAUUGCCGAUAUUCGGAGCGUACGUGGCGAUGUUCACCAGCGUCCAAGCGCAAGUAUUCAAGCUUCUGUUAGCAUAUGCCUGCCUCUUGGUAGGCUUCACUGCAAGCUUCUGCGUGAUAUUCCCGCGCUCGAAAUCGUUCAGCAGUCCUCACAUCGGACUGAUCAAAGUCCUCGUCAUGAUGACUGGGGAAUUAGAUUUCGAAGAUCUGUUCUUUCCCCAGGGAGAGGACGGUAAAUCUUCAGACUCAAGUGGCACGUCUUGGAUCCUGCUCCAAGUAUCCGCACAGUUAUCAUUCGUACUCUUCCUUUUAUUCGUUACCAUCGUGCUGAUGAAUUUGCUGGUCGGAAUCGCAGUCCACGAUAUAAAGGGCCUACAAAAAACUGCGGGACUCGCAAAACUCGUUCGUCAAACGAAGCUUAUUUACGAUGUCGAGACCGCUCUAUUCCUAGGCAUGAUGCCAAAACGACUAACGAAGAUCCUACGCUGGACAGCUUUACUAUUGCCCUCGCCCUUGAGAGCCGUUCUAACUGUGCGUCCUUUGAACCCGCGAGAGACCAGAUUGCCUCGCGAUUUGCUAACCGCCGCGCACAAGAUCCCCAAAGAACGGAAGAACUUGACUGGGACAUUGUGUAGUAGGAAAAGCAACAGCACAGCGUACACGUAUUUGAAAAGUGAGCCAUACUCUACGUUCCGUCGACGAAUGCCGGAAGAGGAUAUUUCCGUCGAUGAUUUCUCGAUCAAAGGAGAAUUGAAUGAAUUGAAGAAGAUCUGUGAAAGGAAUCACGAACUCCUGCAGGAUCUCGUGAUGACGUUGGUAAACGACAAACAUGAGAAGGAAGAGGAAAAGAAUAAUUAAGUUUAAUUUGAGAAUCAUCUGAAUCAUUCUCAAUAUCUUCGUUAUGCUGCUUUUAAUACUAUAUCGAUAUCGAACAGUCGAAAAAGUAGUAAUUGUUCGUUUCCGUUGUUAAAGUCUAUUUAUGAUAAUUAGACCGUGAAUUUUAUGCAAACUGACUAUAAAGCGUGCAUGCAAUAUUAUAAGUGUAUCACGAUGUUUAAAUUCUAAAAGAAACUUCACAUUUUUUAAAUGGGUACCGCAAGCAUUUUAUUUUGCAUAAGAAUCUGCAGUCUAAUGAUAAUCUUUCUUUUAUAAAGCCUGAUGCAAUCUUUUAGAAGAAAAAAAAAGGUUUGAGGUGGAAAAUCCGGAUGAUCAAAACCGUGGGAUCAUUGUUGAAGAUCAUCGAUCAAAUCUACUUCGAGUAUAUUCUCGCGCCUUGAAACGAAUUUCAAAGAAACGUUUAUGGAAUGGAAACACCGCGAUUUAGUCUUGAAAUUUAUUCUCGUUUACUUUUCGCAAUUUAAAUGCUGCUCGAGACGGCUGGAUUUUGACUCUUUAUGUGAAAAGAACAUCGUGAACAUUUACAUAACGACUUGUAUCAUGAUAAAAAAUUGAAAAAUAUACUCUCAGUGGUUUCGUAUAAAACAAAUGAAACGAUUUAGUGUAUAGGUUUGUCUCAAUAUUUGUACAAUAUUGUAUUUACUAUAUAUUGAUAUAUUCCGUCCACGACACAACUCUAAUUAUAGUAAUGAUCAAAGGAAUCGAUUAAAUACAACGAGAAAAAUUUCACUAUUACUUAAUUUUACGCAUUAUAUGACUGUUCAAAUUGUAUAAAUAAUUCUAAUCUAAUUAUGUAAAUU